GCAAAUGACUUUUUGACUAGUUCUCAUGUUUUUUCUUCUAGAAGAGUCUACAUUGUUAAAACGAGAAUUGUACAAGGGUUGGUUGAAGUUUAGUCUCGUGGAAAUUGGUCCGGUAAAGUUCCGCUUAUUAAUUGACAAUAAAACAAUAUAUUAACACACUACGCGAUGGAAAAGGUAAAUGCAUUAAAGGAGAAAGGUAAUCACCAGUUGUCAGCAAAUAAUUUUGAUGGGGCCAUAGCUGCUUACUCCGAAGCGAUAUCAUUAGAUGACAAAAACCACGUUUUAUAUAGUAAUCGAUCCGCGGCUUACGCAAAAGCUGGACGUUAUCAAGAAGCUUUGAAAGAUGCUGAAAAGACGAUCGAGUUGAAUCCUUCAUGGUCGAAGGGAUAUUCCAGGAAGGGUUCUGCGCUUGCAGGUCUACAGAGAUAUCAAGAGGCAUUCAUGGCAUAUCAAAAAGGUUUAGAAUAUGAACCCAAUAAUGCAACACUUAUGCAAGGGCAAAAAGAAAUCGAACAAGCUGUAAUUAACCAACUCAUGUCACAAAAAGUAGAAAUGCCAAUGGAUUUAGAUCCGCAGUCACCACCACCACAAGGAGCAAAACAGCCGCCCCCAAACAAGGGUCCUCACAUGACUAAUCUGAAUCCAGAAGAUGAAAAUCUUCCAGAAAACAAAAGACUUGCGAAAAUUGAGAAGGAACUAGGUAAUGCAGCGUACAAAAAAAAGGAAUUUGAGAUCGCUUUGAAACACUACGCAAAGGCAAUCGAACAUGAUCCAACUGAUAUUACAUUUUAUAAUAAUAUUGCUGCGGUGCAUUUCGAGAAACAGGAUUUUCAAAAGUGCAUCGCUGAAUGUGAACAAGGCAUCGAUAUUGGCCGUGAAAACCGAGCUGAUUUCAAAUUAAUAGCAAAAGCUUUAACACGCAUUGCCAAUGCUCACAAAAAAAUGGGUGACUGGAAAUCUGCCAAAAUAUACUAUGAAAAAGCAAUGUCAGAACAUCGAACUCCAGAAAUCAAAACACUCCUCAGUGAAGUAGAAAAAAAAAUUAAAGAAGAAGAACGGAAAGCAUAUAUAGAUCCCACGAAAGCAGAAGAAGAAAAGGAAUUGGGUAACGAAUUAUUCAAAAAAGGAGAUUAUAGCGCAGCCGUGAAACAUUACACAGAAGCUAUUAAACGUAAUCCGGAUGACCCGAAAUUAUAUAGCAACCGAGCAGCCUGUUAUACAAAGCUAGCAGCAUUUGAUUUAGGUCUCAAAGACUGCGAAACUUGCAUUAAAUUAGAUGACAAAUUUAUCAAGGGAUACAUUAGAAAGGGAAAGAUUUUGCAGGGCAUGCAGCAGCCGUCUAAGGCAGUAGCAGCAUAUCAGAAGGCAUUGGAAAUUGAUCCAAACAACGCUGAAGCACUGGAGGGCUACCGUGCUUGCUCAAUGGCCUUCCAUAGUAAUCCCCAAGAAGUAUGGAAGAAUGCAAUGGCGGACCCAGAGGUUCAACAAAUCCUUAAAGAUCCUGCUAUGCGCCUGAUCCUCGAACAAAUGCAAAGUGACCCAAACGCUGUGAAAGAACAUUUGAAAAAUCCUGCUAUAGCCGAUAAAAUUUAUAAGCUCCUUGAAUCAGGAAUCAUACAAAUCCACUAGACAAUUUUCUGAAGUGUUCACAUUUAUGUUUCAAUUGUGUUUUUUUUUAGCUUUAAGCCGACCGUAUCCUCUUCGAGGAAAAUUAACGGUUUAACUUGAAAAUGUCUCAACAGAUUUUCCAAUCGGUUAAAACUUUAAAAAAUGCAAAAGCUGCUGUCCAAUUCGAGUAAAAGCGAAAUACACCGCUUAAAGGAAGGAGAACUCCAUGUUAUAAUUUAGUCUCACGUAACAAUUUGUACUUCAAAACUUUAUUCUUUAUAAGUUUGGCAAAUAAAGUAUAUAGUGGGAAAAAUUAUCCCAUAUAUUAAACCUGAGAAAAGAAA